CUAUUAUUGAAGGCAAUCCAUGCAUUGAUGUGGUUUGCUGUGAAGGCAACGACCCGUUGGCCUUGGAGGAAGUUGGGGCUGUGGUGUCUCGCGCACUGGUGUUGCCCCCUUCAACAGGCUGCAGCAGCAGCAGCAGCAGCAGCAGCAGCAGUAGCAAGGCAUAUUAUCAGCGUCGUUUGGAGGUGUUGCAGCAGCAACCCGCGGCGUUGUUUGCUGCUGAACCCGAGUGUAUGGUAUCAGCCCCCGAUUGGGCUGUCUUCUCCUCAGGACUGCUGCUGCGGUGUCGCGCAGAAUUCCACAGAGUUAAGACAGUAGAGAGAGCGGUGCUGCAGCUGCAUGCGUUGAGGGAACAACUUGAUGAUGCGGACCCUCCUGCUUGCUUCCGACUCUUCGGUUUGCUUUUCCAUGCCGACCUCCUCACUUGGUGGGAGCUGCAGCGCGAAGUUGCUGUACGAAUGAUGCGUAUCGGCGCUACUAUCACGGCUGCUGAGAAGUUCACAGAGCUGCAGAUGUGGGAGGAGGCUGCCGAUUGCCUUGUUGCCGCUGACCGGCGAGCGGAUGCUAGAGCCCUUCUGGAGGAGCAGAUCGCAGCCCGGCCAACUCCUCACCUUCUUUGCACGCUGGCGGAUUUAGAAGUCCCGGAAAACGCCAAGAGAGCGGAAGACCUGUACAAGGAAGCAUGGUCGCUUUCGGGGUGCCGUUACGCGCGGGCACAGCGGGCACUGGGGCGUUUGCUGCUGUCCCAGGGGAAGCUGGAGGAAGCAGCAGCAGCUCUGCGCAUUGCAGCAAAAACAGCAACUCUGCACAGUCCCACUUGGUUUACCUUGGGCUGCUGCUGCCUGCAGCUACAGCUCCUUGAUGAAGCCCGAAAUGCCUUUGCUCGCGCCCUUGCCAUCGACCCUGAAGACGGAGAUGCCUGGGCAAACCUCGCUGCAGUGCACUGCAAGCGAGACGCAUGGCAAGCAGCGCAGCACUGCAUCCUGGAGGCUGCGAAGUACCGACGAGAGAACUGGAGGAAGGAUCGCAUAGACCCUUGGAUUUAUACAUUUUUAGAAGAGUUGGUGCUGUUUGAGUUGAGGCGGGCGGCCGCAUCUACCCCUGAACAAGAUCAAGCCCAGACGCCCAUCGCGGGUGUCCUGCGUCACACCCUCAGUUACAAACAAGUCUCCUCUCUAGAACGCGCGCUGUCUUUGUUGGAGAAAUUUAGCCCCAAGAGCAAACGACGGAACGACCUGCUGCACCAAGUGAAGACUACCGUGGAAACCUAUUCGCAGCGCAUACUGCCGGAAGCAACAGAAGCUAAGAAGCGCUUGGCGGCGCUGAUUGUCCGAAUUGAGGCGGCGCAGCAGCAGAGUGCCGAUCAGUGCGACGAUGAAGAUAAGCGCGAAGUGCCAGGGGAUGAGAAUUAG